UGUGAAGUGGGUUAAGGUACCUGAUCGGUAAAUGUCGUUCGAUAGUGUUAUUAAGGAAAGGCUCGCUGCUAACUGCUACUAGCUAGUUAAACACUGCCUAGCAACCGUGGAAGUCCAGCUAACAGCUAAGUUUUUAAGCGUCUUUUUUGCAUCGGCAAGUUUACAUUUUUAACAGUUUUCCAGACUGUUGAAACAGGAGAGUUGUACGGCAUGGAUCGUCGCGUGGUUGUGUCUGAGAGAAGCUACCCGAACCUCGCCGUGGUGACGCAUGUCUUGAAUGACGACCAAGGGGACUUCACGGUGAGGAGACAGGUCAUGAGCUCUGGUUGCAUGUCCCUUCGAGAGCAUGAUGACAGAACUGCACCGCAGUUCCGCAACCGUAAAGGCCGAGGGUCCCACAAGGGUCGGUCCUAUGACCGGUCCCGCAGAGACCGUCAAAGGGGGGGCCACUCCGUAGGCUUUGGGGGUCCGGGGCCACGGUCGAGGCUUGACGAUAUUGAUGCAGAUGUCACUAUGAGUGACAGCUCCCAGGACAACAGCUCCCAGCACAGAUUUAACCCAUACGGGAGGCCUUUUCGGAAAGGAGGAGAUGGCCGCUUUGACCGAGACAGGCGACAAGGCAAAGGGGGCGGAGGUGGUAGAGGAGGUGGCUUCAGAGGAGGUGCUGGCAAUGGUGGAGGAGGGAGGAGCCGGUCCGGCUGGUUCAAAGUGACAAUACCGCAUGGAAAAAAAUAUGACAAGAAAUGGUUGUUGCCUGCUCUUCAGAACAUCUGUACUGUUCCCUACACACCUGUACAGUAUCAUGUUGAACAUAACAGAGUCCACUUCUAUGUGGAUGAGUCCGCUGUUGCCACUGCGUUGCACAAAUGUUCUCACAAGAUCACAGACACAGAUGGCUAUAAGGUGGAAGUACACGUCAACCCGAGCGCUCCGCCAUCCUUCCUCAUCACCGAGCUGAAGCCUGAACACUUGGAGCACCUGAGGCAAUGCAUGGCAAAACGUUUUGAUGGCUCCCAGCAAGCACUGGACCUGAACAACAUCCGAACAGACCCAGACCUGGUCUCCCAAAACAUUGAAGUAAUCUUAAAUAGGAAGACAAACAUGGAAGCUGUCAUCAAGAUCAUCGAAGAAAACAUUCCAGAGCUGACGGGCUUAAACCUCAGCAACAACCGCAUUCACAAACUGGAUGAACUCACUGAUCUGGUUUCCAAGGCACCUAAUCUGAAGACACUCAACCUUUCCCACAACGAGCUGAAGUCGGACCGGGAGCUGGACAAGAUAAAAGGCCUGAAGCUGGUGGAGCUGUGGCUGAACAGGAACCCUCUGUGUGACUUCUUUAAGGACCAGGCCUCGUACAUCAGUGCCGUGCGGCAGAGGUUUCCCCGGCUUCUCAAACUGGAUGGUCAUGACCUCCCCGCACCCAUCGGAUUUGAUGUGGAAACGCCAACCGUUAUUCCCCCCUGCAAGGGCAGCUGCUUUGGCUCUGAGGAAAUUAAGGUCCUCAUACUUCGGUUCCUGGCACAGUACUACAGCAUAUACGACUCUGGGAACAGACAGCCUCUCCUGGACGCUUACCAUGACGGAGCGUCGCUCUCCCUCACAACACCAUACACCACCCAGAACCCCUCCAGGAGCAGUCUUGGAGAGUAUCACAAAGACACUCGAAACCUGAAGAGAAUCAAAGACACUACGAUGCGGUUUCGACUUCUGAAGCACACACGGCUGAACGUGGUGGCUUUCAUCAACGAGUUGCCCAAAACUCAGCACGACAUCGCCUCAUUUAACGUCGACGUAAACACCUUCACGAACACCCUGCUGUCUUUCACCGUGAGCGGAGUCUUCAAAGAAGUUGCUGUCGAUGGUAAAUCCCGAGAGUCCACCAUGGCUUUCUCUCGAGUCUUCGUCACAGUUCCGGCAGGGAAUUCUGGUCUGUGCAUUGUGAACGACCAGCUUUUCAUCCGGAUGGCCACAACAGAGGAGAUCCGCCGGGCCUUCGUGGCUCCUGCCCCGACUCCAUCUUCCAGCCCCGUCCCCACCCUCACUGCACCGCAGCAGGAGAUGCUCACAGCCUUCUCGCAAAAGUCUGGCAUGAACCUGGAAUGGUCCCAAAAGUGUCUGCAAGACAACGAGUGGGAUUUCAACCGAGCAGCACAAGUUUUCACUCAGUUAAAGACUGAUGGCAAGAUCCCGGACGUUGCCUUCAUAAAAUGAGUCGACUCGUGUGUAAAUAAAAUCUGCAGUAAUUUUAUUUGUCUGUUUUAUUAAAAACUAUGUUUAUCAAGUUGACACCCAAAUGUUUGACUUGACGAAGGAUGUUAUAAGACCAUUUUUGGCUGUUGUGAUCUAAGUUUAUGGUCGUUUGUAUAGAAAUCACUACAUGUUUUCAUAGGAAUAAAGACAUUUAGCCGAUGGUG